AUGUCGCAACAUAAGAGGCGCUGGCUUUCUGUACAAAGUCAGCAAGCCUUGGGGCAGUUCCACAAGAUGCAUCUCAGAAACCUUCCGAUUUCAUUGCUUUUGGCUUUGCUGGAUUUCAGCACACUCUGCCCUGGUUUGCCCCUCAACUUGCAGCCUCAAGACCAAGGCCACAAUCAGGCUUUGGAGCCGAGGGACCCCAAAGUGACAUAUACGGUGGUUCCCAUCGACGGCUCACUGCCAACUCCAGGCCCCGGAGCUUGCAAUGGGAACUCUCCUGGCCGUCCCGGCCCGGGUGGCGGAAACCAGGCCCCGCCCGGUACUACCGUGACGGUUGAAAAGACAAUGCCUCCUACGACCGUCACAAGCACUAUUCCUGCAAACACCGUGGUGGUCACUCAGACUAUCGUUUCUCUCUCUACUGUCACCGUCACGGAGAGCGUGAUUGAGGCGUCCACCACUGCACAAGUCUCGGCAAGCUCAACCGCCGCCAGCGCGUCUCAGACAAGUGUAAGCUCAGAGCCGACUUCAACCUCGGCUGACAACACCACUAUCACAACGACGGCCACUGCCGAGUCCUCCCCUGCUACAACUAGCGCGUCUUCACCGACAAGGCAGCCCGAUGAUGGCCAGUGGUGGUCGCAAAAGUACCCGAGUUGGAAUGCAACCAGCACAGCCUGGUAA